AUGUCUCCGACAGACGAAGGAGAUGAGACGUUCAGUGCGCGGCUGCAGCAUCUGUACGACAGAUUCUAUGAAACCAACCCACUCAUGACGGCACUAUGGAGAUCCGAAACAAAUCGCCUUGCAAACUCGACGAAUAUAAACCAGGCACCAAGCACACUACUUGGAAUUUAUCAUCAGGACCGCCGCCAGUCUUUCCUCGAUCAAUUUGUGAAUGACACUCUCUCCAUCGAGCAAGGAGGAGGCAGACAAGCGGAACAACAGACUUCACCGAAUUUUCAAGAUGGCAGUGGAAAAGGCUGCACUGACGGGAAUAUACGAGGCCACAUUGAUUACGAAGGGCUGGCAGAGCUGCCUGAGACAUUCACCUUGAGUGACAGGGUGAUUGCACAUGAAUACAAUUUCCUACGCCACCGUAGCACCGCGAACUGGAUGGUGCUCAGAUCUUGA